AACUGAUCUUUUUGAGUUUAAGUCUGAGACGGAAGCAAGAAAGAAACUUUAAUGGAGGAAGACAGGUCUGAAUCUGAUUGGGGCGGAUUGGCUCCAGAUAUACUUAUGAACAUCAUCUCAAGGCUCACAGUUCAGGAGCUAUGGACGGGACCUAUGUUCGUUCGAAAAUCGUGGCUAACCGUUUGCAGAGAUUCGUAUCUCUGGUCUAUCUUCGAUCUGGAGCCAUGGUUCGAGUCAUAUCCCCAGUCGGCUCACUUGUGGUCCCCUGAUUUCGAGCGGAAGGUAGACUUAAUGCUCCGAUCAGUCGUUGAUUGGAGCGACGGUGGUCUCACCGAGAUCCGCGUACGCCAUUGCAGCGACUACGCUCUCUCUUACGCUACCGAUAGAUGUCCAAAUCUACAGGUUCUUGCCAUUAGAAGCAGUCCUAACGUGACAGACGCAUCUAUGACGAAGAUAGCGUUUCGGUGCAGGAGUCUUAAGGAGAUAGAUAUCAGUUACUGUCACGAGAUAUCUCACGACACUCUUGUGAUGAUUGGUAGAAACUGUCCUAACCUGAGGAUCCUGAAACGCAAUCUUAUGGAUUGGUCAGAUUCUUCUAGACGCAGUGGCUUUGUUCCUACAGAGUACGUAGACGCUUGUCCUCAAGACGGAGACACAGAAGCUGAUGCGAUUGGAAAACACAUGAUCAAUCUAGAGCGGUUAGAGAUUCAGUUCUCUAGAUUAUCUGUCAAGGGUCUUGCUUCGAUAUGCGAGGGUUGUCCCAAGCUAGAGUACUUGGACUUGUCUGGGUGUGUGCAUUUGUCAAGCCGUGACAUUGCAAACAAUGUGUCACGAAUUAAGCGGCUUAAGGAGGUGAAGAAGCCAGAUGUGUAUGUCCCAAGGUCAGGGGAUGUGGCUCAGACAGAGAGGUAUGGACAUUGGAGACUCUAUGACGAGAGAUUUGAUAUACAAGCCAUGAGCAGCUCUUUGGUUUGAUAAACCUUGGAAAAAAGACCAUAUACAGAGAGCUCACGAUAUCAAGGAUUAAAGUUGUACAUAUACACGAUAUGUAUAAUUCAAUUUAUGUGAGUUUUUUUAUAUACUCAAGAGUUCUUGUUGACGUUGCAACUUGCAAAGGCAUGUGGUACUGUCUACAGUCUACAACAGCGAUUCUUGUUGAGAAAGUAAAAAAAAAAAAAAAAA